AUGACACCCCUCCUCAUCGGCAACAGGCCUCGCAAGCCCAGCGAUCUUCGCAGGACACCUCCGAGGAACUCCCCUCCAUCCAGCCUGUCUCCCCCGCCAAAUCGGCUUUCUCCAGGGAGCAGUAUUCGCGGCAGCCGCUCGCCGGUACGAAGCCGCAGUCCUCGGCCCCUGGACCUGCGCAUCCUCAUCGCACCAUCCGGCUUCAAAGAAGCCCUUGGGCCAGAAGAUGUAGCCGCCGCUAUCGAGGACGGCAUCCGUCGGGUGAUCACUGAGGACACUGCCACCGUUAUCAAGCUCCCACUCCAUGACGGCGGUGAAGGUUUCUGCAAGGCCCUUAUCGCUGCUCAAGGUGGUGAUAUCAUUGAGACUACCAUCACGGGACCCAUUGGGGAGCCUGUCCAAAGCCACUUUGGUCUCACCGGUGAGACCAAGGACAUCGCCGUUUUAGAUAUGGCGGCUGCCGCUGGACUCCGGCUUGUCCCAAAAGCCCACCGGAACCCAACCCGAACGACGACUUAUGGCGUGGGGGAGCUAAUAAAGGCUGCCCUUGACCAAGGCGUCUCGAGAAUCAUCAUCGGUUGUGGUGACUCUGGUACCUCAGAUGGUGGAGCAGGUAUGCUGCAGGCCCUCGGUGUCAAGCUCCUCGAUGAAGACGGAAACCCAAUUCCGGCUGCCAGUGGUGGAGCGGCCCUGUCCAGGCUGGCCAGCAUCUCCCUCGAAGACAUCCACCCCCGUCUUCGUCCAGGAGCAGCCGAUCGCGUCACAGUCGAGGCGGUCUGCAACAUCAAAAAUAUCCUCUGUGGCCCUAACGGCGUGGCACGAGUCUACGGGCCCCAGAAAGGCGCAACCAAAGCCCAGGUUGAGGUCCUUUCAGAUGCCCUGGACAGACUUGCAGCCGCUCUCGAACCCAUCCUCGCCUCCGAUAUCUCCCACGUCCCCGGCAGUGGUGCUUCUGGUGGACUAGGAGCAGGGCUGAUGCUGCUAGGAGCUGAGCUCCACGCCCGGUCCGAAGCCAUCAACGACUACUUUCACAUCGACGACAUCCUGGACCAGCUGUGGGACUUUGUCUUCACCGCGGAGGGCAGCCUGGACUCACAGUCCGCCAAGGGGAAGAUGACUGUUGAAGUUGCGCGCCGGGCGCGUGACUACGGUGCUCAGGUCAUCGCGCUGGCUGGGACCAUCGGCGAUGGGGCUGACACCGUGUACGAAGAGGGCAUCGAGGCGUUUACGAGUAUAUUGAACGCGCCGUUGUCGUUGGAGCAGGCGAUCAAAGAGACUGAGAAAUUGGUCAAGGACUCUGCUGAACGGACUAUGAGGAUGAUCCAGACGGGGAUGUCUAUCAGGCAGUUGGAUGGCGAAUGGGAAAAUGUGGACCAAAGUCGGAGAGGUUCAAGCCCGACUGGCCUGGGAAUUAUGAGGGCUUUCACGAGCUAG